AAGACGCGGGAAAGGAUGACGCGCUGCCUUUUCGGACUUCAGUGUCAUGGCGGCAGAGUUGUAGGGAUCUCGGAGAAAACUGACUUCCUUGUUAUGGAGAAAACGGCGCUGCCUCGCCAGCCUUUUGAGAGUCCCCGAGAGCCGUCGGCUGAGGAUUAUGACGAACCUGGGGGAGGUGGCUCGACACAGGGCGGCGAUUCCUGCUCUGCGUCGUUGUCCGGCAGUUCCGAUGAUAUUGAACCUGAAUGGUUGGACAGUGUACAGAAAAAUGGGGAAUUAUUCUACCUAGAACUAAGUGACAAUGAGGAGGAAACCAUCCUUCACAACAGUUCUCUUGCUAGAUCUAUGAUGAACCACAUCAGAUUUAGUGAAAAUGAAGCUGAGGUUAUUCAUGACAAAGCUCUAAAAGACAGAAAAAGUGAACAUAGAUUGCCACAGUUUACUAAAUUAUUAAAGAAUAAAGGUCUCUUACUGAGGCAUUCUGAAAAGAAGAAAGCAACUAGUAAAGAUUGUGUCCAUACUUAUGGCCCAGCAUCCAUACUGAAACACCAUUCUUGUCAUAAGAUGAGGGAUGUUGACCAACAGCCAUACAAAGACGUCUACAUUUAUGUAAAUCCAAAGAGAGUCUCAAAUGCUGCAACAGAGGACCAACACAAGCUUCUGGAAUCCUUAAUUGGAAUUGUCUACCAAUCACCAUGGACCACAGCUGAAAAAUAUAGUGAUGGUAUUGAGUCUAGAAGUGCUAACGAAGAGAAAAUCAUAGUACAUGGUUUGAUCCCAGGAAGCUCAGCAAUAAAGUCUGGACAUAUCCUAAUUGGUGAUAUCCUUGUUGCUGUAAAUGACGUUGAUGUAAACUCUGAAAAUAUAGAAAGGAUUUUGUCUUGUAUUUCUGGUCCUAUGCAGGUGAAAUUUACAUUUGAAAUACCAGUAUUUGAACCAACUGAAACAUCUCAGCCAAAGAAUAAACAGACAAAAUCCUCUGAAAGCAACUUGGUGAAGCUGCUGUGGAGAGACCAUCAUAAUGAUCCACAGUUCUCUCUCCAAAGUAUGCCACAUAUUAUUAUGUACCUCUCACUUAACUUGGAAUCUGAUUCAUCUGAUGAGCAAGAAAUUCUUUACCAAUAUCCCAUAUCAGAAGCAUCCCAAAAAAUAAAAAGUGUAAGAGGAGUAUUUCUCACACUGUGUGACAUACUGGAAAAUAUGACUGGAACACAUAUAAUCAGUUCAUCUAUGUUUUUAUGUGGGAAAUUGAUCCAUGUGGCUUACUGGAAGAAGGAUGACAAGCUGCUCAUAAUUGGCCUUCCAGCUGAAAGUGUACCUCUCUCUCAGCUAAGGAACAUGAUUGCAGAUGUUGUCAGAAUGUUGACAUUCAUGUACAGUUCCCUGGAUAGUGCUUUUUGUCAGGCAGGAUAUAUUUCUAGAUUGGAUCACUUCUUCAGCCUGUUCUUCCAGCAAGCUCUUCAGCAUACCAGACUCAGCUCAGUUACCAACCCUGGUUCUCAUCACUAUGAUAAUAACUUCUCAUUACUUUUAUACAACUUCCCGGGGGUACGAUGGCUGUUGCUGCCCCAAGAUAUUAAAGUAGAAAUAGAUGCAGUUCUGAGUGACUUGGAGGCAGCAGAAUUUGCAGAACUGUCUGAAGAUUACUAUGAUGUGAGGCGACUGUAUACAUUUUUAGGCUCAUGUCUCUUCUACAAGGGAUAUUUAAUUAGUAGUCACUUGCCAAAGGAGGACCUCAUUGAUAUUGCAUUAUAUAGCAGGCAUUAUUGCCUCUUGCCCCUAGCAGCAGAACAACGAAUUGGCCAGUUAGUAAUAUGGCGAGAAGUAUUUCCACAACAUCAUCUUCAGGGUUGUAAAACUUCAUAUGAAGGAUUCCAAGAACCCCUAGCAAGAUACUUCUUACUCAUAGUUGGCUUGAAGCAUUUUAUAUUGAGUGUAUUGCUGGAAGCAGGAGGUUGUUCUUCCAAAGCCAUUGGAAAUCCUGGACCAGACUGUAUAUAUGUUGACCAGGUCAAAGCAACUAUCCUUCAGCUGGAUGGAAUAGAUCUCAGCAUAGAUGAGAGAUUAGAAACAGCCUCUGCUCCUUUGGUGUGUUGCGUAGAUUGGUUCUUCCCUUCAUUAUAUGACAAACUGGAGAACUUUUCCAAUUUGUCUGUUCUCAACAAACUGCAUCAUAUGUCAAAUACCGUACCUUCUCCGGCAAGCAAAAAAAUCACUAAAAAGAAGCAUGUUCUUCCAAACUCAUUUACUUUUGGAACCCUGAAAAAGAAUCUCUCCGAUAAGGAAGCUGAAUUAUAUCAUGCUAUGAAGUUGACAUCUGGUCCUGAAAAUACCCUCUUCCACUAUAUUUGUUUAGAAACAAUGCAUGGAAUUUUUAUUACUCCAACACAUGCUGAAGUAGCACAACUCAGUGGAACUAUCCAUCCUCAGCUCAUCAAGAACUUCCAUCGCUGUUGUCUUUCCAUCCGUUCCAUUUUUCAGCAAACUAUGCUGAGAGAAACUAAAAAGUUUGGGAGAAGAUCAAAAUCCCAGAAAGCAAAUUCUGACCUAUAUCAAGUGAAAGAACAUGGUGUAUUAUUUGAAUGUGCUCCUGAGAGCUGGACUGACCAAAAGAAACCCGAAUCAACUAUAAUGUAUUGGGUAGUAGGGAGACUCUUCCUAGAUCCAAAGCCUCGGGAGUUUUAUGUCUGUUUUCAUGAUUCAGUCACAGAGGUUGCUGUUGAAUUGGCUUUUAAGUUAUCAUUUGGCUUAGCUGUUUAGAUAAACACAUCUGCAGUUAUUCACUUUCCAUGACACACAGAACAUUAAUUACAUUAUGGUUUGUUUGGGGUGCUCUUUAAAAUCGUCUCUAAUAAUAGAAUAAAUUUCAAACAUUUAUAACACUAUGAAAGACACUCCUUGCAGAAGACUGACUUUUCAAACUACUUUUAAAUUGGAUGAAUUAUGAUAUUAUAUAUUAAUUAUAUAUAUGUAAAUAUUACAUAUAGAAAUAAUGAUCAAGAUACACACAAUUUUUUUCCUGUAAAGUUAUGUCCUUGGAAGAUGCUCCUUUAGAACUGCAAACGGUCUCAUUCAUUGUGCAGUUAGGACAGAGAACUCUAUUAUAUGUGCACCCUUUUGGACUUCAUUUUAACAGUACAUUGUAAUGCUUGGCAUAUUACAUCAGAGGUAGGGAACUUUUUUAUUUCUGUUUUGGAGCAAAAUAUAUAGCUACCAAAUCUAGAGUUCAAAAAUCCAGAUGGUCACUAUGAUUUUAUCAGAGAUAUAGAAAAAAGUCUUACUUUUUGCUAUCAUCUAGUGGUUGUUGAGAUUAUGCAGUCCACAUCUGGUAACCCUAGCAAAAUGGGUCCCUUAAGUCUUGCAGAAAAUUUAUAUGCAAAUCCUUAGGGGAGUUAGAUUACCUUACAUUAAAUGGAUAUAGUAUUUUUUGAUACAAAGACAAGUUAUAUUAAUGUUUAAAAAUUGUUAUAAAGUAAAAUUUUUUCUGGUACUUUGAGGCAAAUGGAGAAAUUGUCCAUUUUGUUUCAGAAAAUGUUACAUGACUGU